AUGGCCGAGUCAUCGCCCCAUGACUAUUACCGGGUCCUUGAACUCCCCUUCUCGAGUACCUCUCCCAUCUCGAAUCUCCAGAUCAAACUCGCCUACCACAAAGCACUCCUCAAACACCAUCCAGAUAAGGCCGGCACCGUCACACAACAUUCAGGCUCAGCAGGAUCGGUCUCUACAACUCCAAAUUUUUUCUCCGUGUCAAACAAUGAUCAGCGAUCUUACACCAUUGAUGAAAUCACAACAGCCUACAAGACACUCUCCGAUCCGAAAUUACGCGCAGAAUAUGAUCGCUCGCUUCGGCUGAACCGAUCCAAAUUCACAGAGGACACAUCUGAAGUAUUUCACACAGGCCUGGAGACAGUAGACCUGGAUGAUCUAGAAUAUGAUGAAAAGGAUGGCUCCUGGUAUCGUGGCUGUCGAUGCGGAGACGAGAGGGGUUUCUCGGUGACAGAGGACCAUCUGGAGUCUAGUAUGGAUCACGGGGAGGUCGUCAUCGGGUGCUUGGGGUGCAGUCUUUAUUUGAAGAUUCUCUUUGCCGCUGAGGACGGUUGA